AUGCGCCUUCGUCGAUCUGCACGCUGCCUGCCUCAGGGAGAGGCACCGGCUGAGAAAGCUCCUGCGUGCCAUGUGCCGAGGCGUCUCUCGGCAUGCCUCCGGAUGCUGAAGCAGUGCCCAUGGUUUGGCAAGUCGAAGGCCUCUCCGGAAGCCCAUGGGCAAUCUCCGGGUGUUCAAGGCGGUGAGAUGCAGACAGAGGCUCCUGCAUCUCCUCGCCGUUUGAGUCUGCCGGGACAGCUCCCGGAAGAGGCGGCGAUGCUUACGACGGCCUCUCUGAACGAUCGGCAUCCACAGUGCGAUUAUCCGAAGGUGCAGAGUAGCCCUGCGCUUCGAGCUGUCGGGGACCUUUCCGUGCCGUCGACUCCGUCCUCCUCGAGGAGCUCGGGGUCCUCCUCCAGACCCCCACCCGUGCCUACCGUGACAUGCGAACAAGAAGGCGUCCGUCCACAUCCUCCGAAGCUUGAAGAUGUGAACCUGAGAGGUGCCGCCGGCAAGGCAGAGAUACCUCUGAGCUUGCAGGUCUCUGCGGACCCGGAAGCCGCGAAUCCGUCAGGAGCCUCUGCCUCUUCAGGCCCGGGGAACCUCUCCGCAGGAGGCGAAGGGAAGGAGGCGACUCGAUCCUCACGAAAUCUCUGCAGCCCUGAAGUGGAUGGAGACUCUACGUCGACAUCUUCAUCGCCUGCGGGCUCCGUCACUGAGCGUGGCAUCCGGGCGUCUCCCAUCAGCCUCCCACCUCGUCUCCCACGUCGGCCCGUGGCAUCGGCCUCACCGAGAGCCCGGCCUCAGGAAGCGCCGUCGCCGCGGCCACCCUUUCCCGGCGCCGUCCCGGAUCCCGACGGAAAGGCUUCGUUUCGGCCUGCACAGCGUGAGCUGAGGCGGCCACCAAGCUUGCCACAGCUGGACUUGCAGCAGAUGGUCACCGCGGAGCCGCCGCCGACCACCCCGAACUCGGCAAGGCCGCCAAGCUCCAGGCUGAGAAGGAGCCGGUCCGGACCACUGGAAGAAGCCAAGCUUCUUAUGUCGCGCGGAACACCUCGCGGAAGGCGCCCCAGCAGCGUUCCGGCGCUCUGCCUGCCAGGAGUUGACUCCUUCACCUCGCCUCGGCUGCCGCGGCCGCCUGCGGCCACAGAUCGAUCUCCUGGUCUUCCCAGGAGCAGCUGCUGUUGGUGUGGCACCUGUGUAGAUGCAAAUGCGCCUGCACCCUUCACCGCUCGGCCAAGGACGAAUCGCGUGGCGGCCGAGCCCUGA